AUGCCGAAUUCACCCCGGCUGUCGCAGGUCCUUGCGGGCAAAACGUAUAAUAUCAGCGUUGUGGGACUCCCGAAAGCUGGCAAAUCGUGCUUGUGCAAUAGAUUCGCGUUACCACAUCCAGAUUUUUAUCGUGAAGAUCAUCUCAGUGUGCUGAGCUCUGUGGAUUUCCGCAGCGCCAUUGUCAACUGUGAAAACUGGAUUUAUUGGGGCUGCGUGUCAAGACAGGUAGAGGACUAUACCGUUAAAUUUAGAAUCGUUGAACACACGGAAUUCUUGAAUGCUUCCACCCUUCAGCCUUUCGUAUCUGCGAAGCAAGGGGCAUCACAGGAUUAUAUUCAACGUUGUUCGGCCUUGCGCCUCUCAUCUGAGCACAAACUUCGUUACAUAUGUAAAGAUCAACUUGGACAGGAGGGGUUAUAUGAGCAGGAGUACUUCCCUUCGGGAGGUAUUGAGGUCAGCGGCUUCGUCCUCGUUUAUGACGCAACCCCGCGAAACUCCGAACUAUCGUCGGAAGCCCCUAGGAACUGUGUCCAGCGUCCCGCCAUACAAGAGUUUCUUACUCACUUAUUAAAAUUGAAGAAGCCUGUGGUUUUAGCCCUAUCAAAAUUGGACUCUUGUUCACCACAAUGGGUUGAGGAACUUUCCCUCACGUUGCAAAAGUGCAAUGAAUUCCGCAGGGUGCCUGUUAUUGAAACAUCCUCUCACAAAAAUGUGAACGUGGAGCAAACGUUUUUAACCCUAGUAAAGUUGAUUGACAAACCACGGGGUGCGAAGUUCCGAAAUUUACAUUUCCCCCAAGCUCUCCAAGAAGAAGAAAAUAAGAUAGCCUUGGCCUACAGCGCAUUCCGCAACUUGUUAUCUCAUGCGCCACCAACCUAUCUCGAAAAUUGGGAGGCGUUUAUGAAAAGAUAUAGCCAGCAAGCCGGAGUUGCAACGUACGUUAAUUUGGUUGGGACAACAGGUGCUCAGAAUGUGUUCGGUCGAUAUAUCGCUGAGCGCCAACUGAUGACAAGACAGAAUAAUCUCCACAGGAUUUCACAAGUUCUUACUCAUUUCCUUCCUAGACUUGACUCAAUACGCAAUAAGUGAAUCCAUUGAGGAGAUUGCGCAGUACCUUCGCGAUCAGAACGAGUUUGCACUGUAUUUUCAAGACACUUCGCGCACUGUUGAUCCCCAUGGACUAAUCACGUUGAACGAGAACGAUAUCGCUGGACGUGCAAAGCUUGCGGACGACCGGAUACCCUUUAAGUUAGUUCUGGAGCCCCAAGAACUUCACGAUUCCCCAUUACAACUUUACGUCAACCAGCUACUGCUCAAUGAGCACCGCUACCUAGAGCAGGCUCGGCUGGAGGCUGGCCUGCAGUCACGUAUCCUUCUUGGACCAACCAAUUCGGCAUCAGUAUCUGAGCCCACAGAAGUGGUUACAAAAUGCAUACUUCCGGGGCAACCAAUGUCUGAGGUGCAGAAUAUCAUAAGCGAAUUACAACCAAGUGACCUGACUGAUGAGCAAAUCUCAACCAUGUACAAAAAUUUCCAACACGAUCUCCACACUCGGGCUCGCGAGGAUUUCUUGGAUUUGCUGGUUGAGCGAACAGAUCUGUUCCUGCAAGCUGUGGGGGCCUACCUUAUCCAACUGCGCGACGCUUCGUCGGUAAGCGAUCACUCGCGAGAAUUCAUGGUUCACCAAGUCGCAAGUAUGAAUGAGUCAAGAGCAGGACUGAAUGAUUCUUCGGACAGUUCUCUGAUGUCAACAUCAACCAGUACAGGUAUACAAACGACUGAUCCUUGUUCGGCAUGUGCUCUGGACAAUAUAUUUACCGCGCCUCCCAGAGGAAUCAAGGAAACUCACUUAAGUUGGUUAGAUCAACAGUUAUCGGACGAUUGGCGUUAUCAAGCCAUGACAUAUCUUCCGUCUGAAAGACAAACACUCGUUGCUGCUCAGUUUAACCUACUUCUUCCUCCCACCACUUCGCCAUUAUUUUAUGGUUCUGGACACUGUCCUGUUUCUGCCAGAGGAGUUUCAGGCACACAUACUUCCUCGUUCUACCAUAUGUUCAGUCAUGACAGUUUGCCACACUGUUGUCCAUCGUUUCCUUGGGGUGGUUGCAUGGACCAUGUGUUCAAACAACUGGUAUACCGCUUCUUUCCCCUCAACCCUCAAUGCUUGGAGCCGGGCCUAAGUACUGAUAGCCACUGUAUGGGGCAGAUUUAUGGUGUUGCAGCUGGAACAUCCCCGCCUGCUAAACUUCCUAAUUCGACUUUGCCGUUAUCUCCGGAGCUGUCCGUUGCUGUUGCCUGUGCGUGCACGGACUUGUUAGCCUCUCAGGCCAUAGUUCACCUGCUGACAUGCGCCGGUUUCUCUGUCAACCCUCUGCUCUGUACUCGGGCCAAUCAGUCUCAUUCGAUUCAGUCGCAACCCAACUUUAUCGACGACAGCACCUAUGCACAACAGCCUAUGCAGCCUAUUUCGGUUCAUGCUUCUUGGCCGUUGCCCACUGACAGAAUUCCCCCAGUGUAUAUUCGAACCACUGAAGUGGAUAUGUCGCCGACCAUCCAACCUACAUCUCAUCCGAUUCAGAAUGGUCAGGUGCAUGCUACACUCCUUUCCUUACAUAAGUUUCUGAAUGGUGUACUCCAGUGCACCACAAACAGAGCUCGUGGCAUCGCGUUACCCAUGAAUUCAGGGCCGGCUUACCAUGGUUACAUUUUCGUUUUGGGAAUUUCCUCAAAGAAGAGGCACCUGACUCCAACCGAUGUACCGGAUAACGCCGCAGAGUCAGGAGUUGAAAGCGUAGUUUGCGACUACCCCAACACCGCAUGUGAAAGGCCAUUUUCUCCCACCAAUUCUCUCAGCACAGAGGACGGUGAUGACAACGUGGUUACUCCCCGCCCCCGAUCCGACCCCUUGUUUUUCACGGACGAAAUAGAUGUGAAGCGACCCAUGAGUGAUGUCCCUGACUGUCCAGCGUAUAGUGAUAUUCAUACCUCUUGUACUUGCUGUUCUCUGUUCAAUAUACGCCAAGGAUCUCUGCCAACCACAGAUUGUGCAUGUGGGACCUGUUGUGAUUGUCUACAUUCGAACACUGACCAAGUAGUGGGUCCAGCGUAUAGUGAUAUUCAUACCUCUUGUACUUGCUGUUCUCUGUUCAAUAUACGCCAAGGAUCUCUGCCAACCACAGAUUGUGCAUGUGGGACCUGUUGUGAUUGUCUACAUUCGAACACUGACGCAAGUAGUGGGGGUUUUCAGCCUUAUUCGAACGAUUUUCCGUCAGAUCACUCGGACAUGAUGUUUUCAACCUUGUCCAAGGCGUCUUAUCGUUCUCGCUCUUUGGACGCGCGUUUAUCGGCGGUUCGCUCGGCAAUGAAUUCUCUACCAUGUGAUACACCUCGGCUGCUGCUCCUAGCGAAGGACUCAUCUCUGAUACCCAAUGGAAAGCAUUCUGUUUCUUCCGCAAACCCACUUAUUUUCCCUGCUCCUGAAGCGAUCUGCUCUUCCCCCAUGACAGCUGACUCAUGGAGUAUUUUGAGUGAACAAGUUGGAAAUUACCCCCAACGUGAUAUUCCCUCUGACAAGCCACAGUCAAAAACCGUAGAAGACGGUGCUACUAGGUCUUCGGACUGGAUGCAGGCUGGAACGAACAUACUCGAUCAUGUUAUCAAGUUCCUGGACCAGUGUUGGAAUUCUGUGGCUCCAACCAGUACGUCAAAUGGUAGUUCCAGUGGGUCGUACUCUGUGCGACACUUACCUCAUGUCGAUUGCACGCGUCCCUCCGUAUACACAGUCCCACAGUCCUCCUCACGAACCGGAACUGCCUCGUCAGGUUUUUCAGCACCUGUUAGCGAAAAGUCCCCAAGUACUGGCUUGUUUGGUGCGGCUUCAGCAACGGGGCGUCGUGCAAUGCACUCAGCCAACCAAGCCCUAAAGAAACUGUCGUCCAGCUCAAAGUGGUACCAUAGCACCAAUACCCAAAGCUCUUCCAAUACUUACUCAUCAACCCACUCCACAUUGAAGGGGGCAUGUUUGCCCAUAAAGAAUACUGAUGUUAAUGCCAUCCCCGGGCGGACUCCUUCAACAAAUAACAGGACUUCUCCCACUUGUCUUUCGAUUGCUCCAACCCCCCUCCGCACUUCUGGUCCUCCCCCGUCUCAGAAAACCAGUCCGGCUGCCAGUCAGGCUGAUUCGAAUCGAAGUAUCAUUCACCGGACACUACACUCUUCUAAUAACAGCCCGACUAGCGAACUUCCGAUUUCCCGGAUCAUCAGGUCAGAGCCUACAGGAGUAGGCUCAUCCAGUUCAGCAAACAAAUCUGCGACAUUUGUCAAGAACGGAUUACGGGCAUCAAUCGACCGAACUUACGCUUUUCGUAAGGCGGUUGCCUCGUCAACCCAUCGAAUACGUUCCCGUUGCAGUGUCCCGGACUGUUCUUCGCUUGCAUUCGGCGGUGAAUACGACCAAUUAACGCGUUCCGAUAGGAACUUGUCCACAAAUACUUUAGUUCUCGGGGCUGGACAAUCACCGAAAGCUCUGAACCACUCCCUAGUUUCGGGGACAGGUGAUAUUAACAGCAAGUUUCAGAGGACACCUUCAAACGGACUCUGCACUGCGGAUUCCAACUCUGAAACUUCACUAGCGUUUGUCAACAACACGGAGAAUGAUAAUGCAGUGUCUAGUCUAUCCGGAACAUCAGACCUGGCACUUGGAGCAGCGCCUCAGCUUUGUGAGGGUUCGGUAGCACACGAACGCGCGAUCCCCAUUCCUUGUCUAUUAGCCAGUGGACCACCUGUCUCACCAACCAGAUCGGACGAGCUGGAUUCGAUCUACGAAGAACUGAACUUGGUGUCACCUUCUCCACAGUCAACUGAUGACGAAUCUGCUCGGUUUCCAUACCGUGCAACAUGUGGUGACACGGGAGAAUGCAAUUAUGCUGAACCGGUGGAUGCACUGAGCCCAGGUCAACUUGAACGGCACCGGUGUUCCAUUGAAGCUAGGGCUUCCGAUCUCCCUGUGGCAAAUCCCGUCAUUUCUCUAUGUGCCAACCACAUUCCAGUUCCCAAGGAGACCACGGUGUCCAAUACAAGUAACUGGAUGGCGGCCAUGCUUGGACGUCGGCGGCGAGAAAGGCAUAGAUCGUUCAGCACACCAGAAGGUUGCACGAUCACAGUUGACGAGGAUAGUUGUCCCGAGUCCUCUGAAUUUAAGAACACGUAUGACAGUAUUCCUUCCUCCUCUGGUCUUAUACGCGGUACACAGAACCAACUGUUUGCAAGUCGUAUUAAUCCCCGUUCACAGCGAUCCUGUGAAGUGGCACGGAAUGCUACAUUCAGUAGCGGGAGUAGUAGCAGUGGUAUACCCACCACUCCCGGUUCCGGUUCUUUUCUUGGCUGCCAUUCACCGAUGCAGCAACGACCAUAUAGUGUGGUCGUUGUCUCUUCGGCGACCUCGAUAAGUUCUCCAGCCUCCGGCCUUCUAACCGGAAGUGGCUUCUCCGAGCGGGUAAUGUCAGUGGAUGAAGCCAGUCACUUGCACAGUCGAUUGCCGUCUUCUUCGCGACGUUUGUGCGGCUCCCACCAUCACCACUUCUGGCAUCACACAGAUUGUCCUCACUAUCGAAUUCAUAGGAUUUCUGUGAGCAAUAAUGUGGAUUGUAUUUCCACCCCGACCACUUCACUUGCAUCCACGCCUGAUACGGCCCCAUAUCCCCCCAUUGACGCAUUCAUUCCUUGGGAUACUCGGAUUGAGCUAAUGGAAUCCGCCGCGCCUUCCCGUGAAACAGCCUCGUCGAAAACGGGUGCGGUUUUUCGGCGCUUAAAACCCCGUCCUCUCUCUCGUGGUCUGGCUUCCUCCAAACGGGCCUCCAAUCCUGGCUCUCUUUCUGCUAUCCAUGCACCUCCGUGCGUUGAACCAAUAAAGCCCAUUUUUGUGGAUCCAAAGGACUUCUCCGUUAAUCAACCCCAUCCAGUUUUCUAUUUGCCCACAGGCGGACAAACUUCCAAGUCCUGUUCAUUUACUGCUGCAAGCACUAGUUCCGUGAUGCCCAAAGAUUCCAGAUGGUACAAACAUGGGAUAAAGUUCAACUUGUUUCCUAGUCAUCGGUCAACUGGAUCUACCUCGUCAUCGGCUGUCCCAACUUGUUCUGUGGUGAAAUCUUCGACAACACCCACCACUAGUAUGACUGUACCACAUUGCGCUAGUGGUUCCAAUCAGUUUCAGUCCGCUGUAACUUCUGUUUAUAUUAGUGAUUCAAAUAUCCAACCGUGUCUUCACACACUUGCGGAAAAAGACACGCCACUACAAUCGCCUCUCACAAUGCCACCUGCCGCACAGGAUGUGGAAGCCAUCGGUCGCAUCUUGAGCAGUGCCUCCCAACCGGCCAGUGUUACUCGGAAUUUGCGUUUAGCUGCCUGGCAUUCCAAUUUUCCAUCAGUUGAACCAUCUGUCACUGACAAAGAAGAUCCACAGAAUUCCAAUACCACCGCACACUUAGAGAUUACCCCAACUACCCCUAGUUUCACAAGAUGCAGCAGUAUAACAGCUCCGAGCUACACCAACACACCUGUUUGCACCAGUCGUAACUAAUCCACCUGUUUUUCUUGGACCUCUAUAUAUCCGCAUUUCACGACAGAAUAUCGAUCAGCACAUCUCAUGUGGAAGGUGAGUUUUGUUGAAGGUAGAAGUUUUUCUUCUGGCCAGGCAACGAUAUCCAGGGCUAUCCUCACUUCUCUUGAUGCAUCUCAGUGGAUGACACUCACCACAUGAGUUUUGGUGUACCACCCUCAACAAGAAUCGUUCUCCGUGUAGGUAGUUAUUCGUCUGAGUCAGUCUUCCAUAAGUUCAC